CCUUGGGCUCUCUCCCUCUCUCUAAACCUCCAAUGGCGAAUCGGAGCUCGUCUCCUUCCUCUGAACUUCUUCAUCCUUCUCCUCCCUUCCCCGUCUUUGUCGACACCAAUCUCGACACCAGAUUCGCGUUCAACGUUUUCCCUGAGGACACCGUCGCCAAUCUCAAACAGAAAGUAAGGACCGAGCAUGUGCUUUGCUUUCCGGAUAUCGGUGAAGUUUCUGUCAAGGCAGUGAAGGUAAAGCGUAGAGGAUCCUUAUAUCAUCUACUAGAUUCCAUGUUUGUCAUGAGGGCAUUCAGUGAAAUCACGAGGGCUGGGUUUCUUCAUCUUGAUCUCGAACCUACUACAUCUAUACUGAACUGCCAGACAGAAGCUACUAAUACUAUCAUGAAUGAAAGUCAUCAAGAACCAAAAGUAAAUAAUUUACUUCAAAUAGACCGUAACACUAGUCUAGUGCCAGUCGGUGGCGAAGAUAGGGAUGAAAGUUUGGUGGCAAAUGAGAUGUCAAUUGAAAAGGGCCCUGUUCAAACUUCGAUGGAGAAUGAUCAUGAAAGAGAAAGAACCCCAGAUAAUCUCUUGAAGGAGCCAUCAGCUAAAGAAGUGCAUGUUCUUUCCAGUGAACUUGAUAUAAGGCCAGAUACUGGCAUAAGGGAAAUGGAGCUAGUGACUGUGGGUGAUGCGAUGGUUGGAUCCAACCAUCAAAAAGAAAGCAUGAAGGUGGCUGCUGAAGACAGGAAGAGGGACAAUCAUGGAGAUGGUGGUAUUGGGCCUGAUGAAAAUGUUCGUGUUAUUGCUAGUAAGAAAGAAAAAUCUAGGAAAAGAAGCAGUGCAUUGCAAAGUGAUCAAUUUUUGGAUGGUAAAUCGGAACAUCCUUAUGCGGAGAAGAAAAAACGGAAAAAAGAUGAGUCGUUUAAGGAACCAGUUAAGGAUCAGCUUACAGAGCUUAACCUUAAAAAUACUGUUUACAAGAAAGAGACAGAUCAGUCUUCUUCAGAAGGAUUUCUUACUGACUCCUCUUUGCAUCAAAAUCCUAUUGAUGGCAAGCAGAAAAAUCAAAAGAAGAAAAAAUCGUUACCAGAAAAUGAUGAGCCUCAGCAAGAUGAAUCAGUUGAUAAUUCAAUUAGAAAUACAGAUGCUGCUCUAGGAGAACAAGCUGCUGAAGAGAAUCAUGUGGAACAUACAGAAACACUGCCAUCACCCAGCAUAGAGUUGCCGACCCAAGAAUUCAGUAAUACUAAUCCUGAAGUUCCAUUGCAGAAAAAUGCUGAAGCCCUUGGCAAAGAGUCGAAUGUUGCAGCUAUCUAUGAAGAAUCUAUCCAGCCUAUUAACCGUGAUGGAGUAGAUCUGGAAGUUGCAGCAAACCCAAUUGAGAAAGAUGGUGAUGCUCUCGUCUCUUCAGAGAAACCAGUAAAUAAAGAGAAGAUUGAUGAAGUAUUGAGGAACAGCCAUGAUAAAUUUGGUAAAGUCUCUGAUGUGGUCAUGAAUGAUAUACAGCUGAGUAAUAAAAAUGUUAAAGAAUCUGGAAUUCCCUCUGAGGUUAAUGUCAAAAGCUCAAAGCGCAGCAGAAAGAAAAAAGGAGAGAAAACUGAAUUAUCCAACACUUCGUCUGCUGUACUUGAAACUGUUAAUUCCUCUAAGGACCAAGUCGCAGAAGAGAAUCAAAAUAAAAUGCUAAGCAUUCCUGAAGAGUAUCCAGGCGAGAACUUUAAGGCAGAAAAUGUUACUGGAGAUGCUGCAGCUUCUGGAUAUUCUGUACCAGUUGAAAGUAAAUUACCUUGCAGCCCUAGUGACAAAAAGAAAAAACGCAAGCAGAAAAAAGCAGAAAAAUUUGAAUUGCAUCAGCAAGAGCCCAAACUGCAGUCCAGCACACAUGAAAUUCUUAAUUCUCCAAGAAACCAAGUGGUAGAAAAAUUAAUGGAAGAACAAUCAGUCAGAAAUCCUGGAGAUGAAUCUAAGGAAGAAACUGUUCUGGGAGAAGCUGUUGCAAAUUUUAAAACAGCUGAGGCUAUAAUUCCUUCCAACACUAAUGACAAGAAGUCAAAGCGCAGUCGGAAAAAAACUGAAAAGUCUGUCAAUUUCGUGGUGGACAAAGUCAUUGAAGAGAACCUAAAAGAAUCUUUGGAAGAUAAUAACAAAGACACAUCAGGAAGACACCUUGAACAUCCAGCCAAAGGACAUGAAGAAACAACUAUUUAUGGAAAUGCAAAAGUUGAUGCAAAUAUGUCGAUACUUGACUCAGAGGUUCCUUUGAGACCUAGUGACAAGGAGUCAAAGCGCAGAAAGAAGAAGGCGGAAAAUAAUGAAUUGCCAAAUAAAGAAUCUAAGGAUGACACUGGUCAUACUUUAACAAGAGAUCAUACAAGUAAAAAUUUGGAGAAAGUGUUGGGGAUUACCAGCAAAGGUUCAGGUAUUGAGUUUAAUCCUAGAAUAAAUUCUGAUGAAACUGGACAAAAUAAUAAUCAUGCCGAUCUUUCUAACUUAGGUUUGUCAGGGUUUGAUGAUUCAUCUGACAAGAAUGAAACCAGGCAUCUUUCAGCACAAAACACCACUGAAGAGAAUACAACAGGGUUGCAGAAGGCUCAUGAAGCAUCUGACGUGAAAAAUGUGGAACACGCUAUUGGUAAAGAAUCUACAGAGUCUAUCCAGGAAAACGAUAAUAGGGAACUGCCCAAAUCUGAUAGCGGGAAAAUUGAUUUCUUAAAAGUUUUUGACCCAGAAGCAAGGCAGCUUGAAAUGACACAGGAGCUUCCUUCUGUGGAGACUGAAACUAAGAAAAUAAAUAAGGAAAAGACUAAAAGGAAAAAGAAAUUAAACCCAUCUCCACAAGAGCCUACUGCUAAAUGGCUGAGACCCUUGGAUUCAGACAAACAACAUAUUUCCAGAAAGAAGCCUCAAGAGAAGGAUUCUGGUAAACCUAAUUUGAUACAGAUUCCAGAAGAAUUAUUAUUUAGUAAAAAGCACAAACAGAAAACUGCAGACUUUGUACACAAAUCUGAUGUGGGGUCUCCAAGGAGUUCAAAGGAUGAUCACAAGUCCAAGAAUUUUGAUGCGUCUAUCAGAAAUAGCCCUGGAGGUGGGCCUGUUACACAAAAUAGCUUCCAUGCUGUUGGUAGGGUUCCUGCAGAAGAAACCAUGGAUGAUUUGGCUGCAUCUAGUGACAGUACUAAAGAGGACACGCCAGUUAUUAAAAAAAGAUAUAGAGUUGCAGUUAGAAAGGUCCCAAGUAGCAGAUAUCAAAAGGUUCCAGACAAGUUGAAUGAGGAAAAGACAUUGUUAUCUGCUUCUGCCAAAAUUUUUGAUGAUGCAAGUAGUGGAAGCUCUGAGGAGGAAUUUGAAGUAAGCAACAGGCAGGCUCUUGAGAAAGCUACUCCCGAUAAUUCAUCAACAUCUGAUGAGUCAGAUGGUAGCAUUGAAGAUACUCAAAUAUCUUACAAGGAUUCUUCAGAAGCUGAAUCUGACCAUCAUAAAGGGGAGAAGGGAAGCAAAGCUGCAAAAAGCAAUCUGACACAAAAACCAAAUGUGAAGAGGAAAGGAAAGCCCAUCAGCACAAUUCUGAAGAGCACAAGGAGCUAUAAAAAGGCGAAAAGGAUCACUGCUUCACAAUCUGAACUCGAUGAAUCUGAAAGCCAACAGUUGGAUGUUGUUCCUGAAACUCAACCCGAUUCCCUCUAAAUGCAUCCCCCCUUUCAUUUUUUUGAACAACCUUCGAUGAGCUAGAACUAUUCAGUUCAAGUACUCGUGCUGAGGUUCUGCAGUUAUGUUUGUCAACUUGGAGAGCUAGAUAUAUUCAGUUCAGGUUUUGGGCUGAGGUUUCGCAAUUUUGUUUGAAAACUUGGGGAGCUAGAAAAAUUCAAUUCAAAUAUUUGUUCUGAGGUUUCGUACUUAUAUUAGCAGACUAUAGCGAUGACAA